CUUUGAACAAUACACAAAGAUGAGUGCCAACGACUGGGAGUCCAACGAGGAGCUGCAAUACUUUCGCGAGUAUCUGCGCAUUCCCAGUGUUCAUCCGAAUCCCAAUUAUGAACCGUGCGUCGAGUUUCUGAGGCGUCAGGCCAAGCAGUUGGAGCUGCCCAUUCAAGUGCAUUACCCAGCCAAUCAGCAGAAUCCCGUGGUUGUCCUCACUUGGAAGGGUUUGCAGCCGGAACUUCCCAGCGUGCUGCUCAACUCUCAUAUGGAUGUGGUGCCGGUGUUCCCCGAGAACUGGACACAUCCGCCAUUUGGUGCAGAGAUCGAUGAGGAAGGUCGCAUCUUUGCACGCGGCACACAGGACAUGAAGUGCGUGGGGAUGCAGUAUCUGGCAGCUAUUCGAGCUCUCAAGAGGAGUGGCGCGAAGUUCAAGCGAACGAUCCACAUCUCCUUUGUGGCAGACGAAGAAAUGGGCGGGAGAUUGGCCAUGCUUCCCUUUGUGGACUCCAAGGAAUUCCGUGCCCUGAACGUGGGAUUUGGCUUGGAUGAAGGCAUCGCCUCGCCCACAUCCGAGAUACCCGUGUUCUAUGCCGAACGGACAGUGAGACGUGUGAUCUUUAAAAUUAGUGGCACAGCCGGACACGGUUCGCUUUUGCUGCCAAACACUGCCGGGGAAAAGUUGAGCUACAUCCUCGAAAGGAUGAUGGCAUUCCGCAAGGUGCAAUUUCAGAGGCUAGCUAGUAACCCGGAGCUCUCCAUUGGCGAUGUGACGACCAUUAAUCUGACCCAAGUGCAGGGUGGAGUGCAGGGCAAUGUGGUGCCGCCGCUGAUGACUGCCUUCUUCGACUGCCGUCUGGCCCUCGACAUUAAGAUCCCCGAGUUUGAUGCCAAUCUUCAUAAAUGGGCUGCUGAGGCUGGUGGCGGCAUCGAGCUGGAUUACGAGCAGAAACGGGGACACAUUCCCCCCACUGCCACGGACGAUACAAAUCCCUUCUGGGUGGCUUUCAAGGGUGCCACAGACGAACUUGGCCUGAAAAUCAAGCUGCAGGUCUUUCCUGGCGGCACCGACGGUCGAUAUCUGCGUAAGGUGGGCAUUCCGGCAUUGGGUUUCUCUCCCAUGAACCACACACCGGUGCUCCUCCAUGACCACGACGAGUUCCUUCAUACAGAAACGUAUCUGAAGGGUGUGCAGAUCUAUCAGAAAAUAAUAAGCAAUGUAGCCAGUGUUUGAUGGAUGGGAAA